AUGUCCAUGGGUAAUCCUACCCUAUUAUACCAUCUCUUCCCAAUGUCCAUGAAUAAUAAUCCCACCCUACAUCUUACCUCAGAUGACACCGGUGAUGACGAGUACGCACACGAGGCCGUGACCUUUGCCCACUCGCAGCCCACCACCACCAGCACUCAGGACAACACCACCAGCCGCCGCAACAACAAGGACGGGCGCCAAUUCUCAAAGACAUUUGUGCUGAAGGGCCACGAGGGGGCUGUAUACGCGGUCAAGCAUUCUCCGUGUGGGAAG